AUGGCUCUAUUCUACAUGCAAGGAGUGCCCAUAGGAUGGGUCUCCAUCAUGCUCGCUCUCGUAGCGAGUAUGGGUGGCUUCAUCUUCGGUUAUGACACCGGUCAAAUCUCCGAUAUCCUCCUCAUGGACGACUUCGUACUCCGGUUCGCACAAUGUGGCACGCCGGGGGACUCUUCGACAUGUCACUUCUCCAACGUCCGCGAGGGUCUCAUCGUUGGCCUGUUGUCAAUUGGCACGCUGAUUGGCGCGCUCGGUGGUGCACCUACGGCGGACUUCUUUGGCCGUCGCCGCGCAAUGCAGAUGGAGUGUCUGGUCUUCGUUGUUGGCGUUAUCAUCCAGAUUACGGCUGAGCACUCUUGGGUGCAAGUCGCCGUCGGACGAUUGAUCUCUGGCUUCGGUGUUGGCGCAUUGUCCGCUGCCGUCCCAAUGUACCAGGCCGAAACAGCCCCCCCUCAGAUCCGUGGAACCAUGACCGCGACAUAUCAGCUUUUCAUCACCUUCGGUAUCCUCGUGGCCUACUGCAUCUCUAUUGGAACGCGCAACAUGGAUGGUCGUGGCGCGUGGCAGACCGUCAUCGGCAUCGGCAUCGUCUGGCCCGCGAUCCUCGCCGGUGGUAUUCAGUUCAUGCCCGAGUCCCCUCGUUGGCUCGCCGCUCACGGUCACGUCGAGAAGGCCGAGCGUGCGCUGGCUUUGUGCCGUGGCGUCGACCCCAAUGCCGAGGACUACAUCAUCAAGAAGGAGGUCGAGGAGAUCCGUGCGGCUGUCGAAUACGAGAAGGACACCCGGGCCGGAUGGUUGGACUGCUUCUCCCCCCGCGGAAAGAUGCUCUACCGCACCCUUCUGGGAAUGAGUCUUCAGUCUCUCCAGCAACUCACUGGUGCCAACUACUUCUUCUACUACGGCGCAACGAUUUUCCAGUCUGUCGGCAUCUCGGAUUCGUAUGUUACGCAGAUCAUCCUCGGAGCUGUCAACUUUGGCUGCACAUUCCUCGGUCUCUACGUGAUGGAACGAUUCGGCCGUCGCAUCCCGCUCAUCAUUGGUGGCGUCUGGCAGUCGAUGUGGCUCUUUGUGUUCGCUGCCGCCGGCACCGCCAAGGACCCUACGACUAACGAGGGCAUCGGCAAGCUCAUGAUUGUUUCCGCUUGCUUGUUCAUUCUUGGCUACGCCUCGACUUGGGCCCCUGGUAUCUGGAUUCUUAUCGGCGAGACAUUCCCCACCCGUACCCGUGCAAAGCAGGGUGCGCUCGCGACCGCGUCGAACUGGCUGUGGAACUUCUUGCUCGCCUUCUUCACGCCCUUCAUCGUCGGUGAUAUCGGGUUCAAGUACGGCUUCAUCUUUGCCUCGUGUAACUUGGCUGGUGCCGUUGUUGUCUUUUUCUUCUUGUACGAGUCUUCGGACAUCUCGCUCGAGGCCGUUAACAUGAUGUACAACGACCCCGCAUGCAAGCCGUGGACCUCACGCGCAUGGGCACCUCCUGGCUACGCCAACCGCCACGAUCUCAUCGAGCAGACCCGCGCAGCCGAGCAGCACAAGCCGCUCGCAGGUGCGCAGGCCGAGCACAUCGAGAAGGCCGGUGAGCCCAGUGGCCUCAAUGGCGAACACCACGAGUACGCGGCGAAGGCAUGA